AUGAACACAUUUUUGAUUUUAUCCUGCGCAGUCUUGGUGAUCGCUGCUAAAGAAACGAACUCUGGCAGUGAGAAAUCAAAACGUCAAAUAUUGGAGGAAAUCGUCGAUGGAUUCAAUACGCCAGAUUAUUAUCAGGAUACUCCUUUUUAUCCAGAAACAUUCCAGUACUAUCAAGAACAAUCCCCAUACAUCUCGAUAGAACCUGAAUAUUACUCACAACGUACCGUUAAUAAUGUAAUAAACAAAAUACCAGUGCCUGUAACGCAACCUAUUCCGGUACCUAUCGAAAAAACUGUUAAAGUUGCUCAACCGUAUCCGGUUCAUGUCGAGAAACCCAUACCAGUAAAAGUUAGAGUAAACGUACCAUACCCAGUCGAAAAGCCUUACCCCGUUCAUGUACCCCACCAAGUACCUUACCCUGUAAAAGUUAAAGUGCCGUAUCCAGUUGAAAAACCGUAUCCAGUACCAAUCACUAAAAGCGUACCAGUACCAAUUGAAAAACCUGUCUACGUCAAAGUUCCCGAAAUCGUUAAAGUACCAGUUUCACAACCCUACCCAGUUGCCGUCAAUCGUAAAGUAACUGUUACUGUACCAGACCCAAUGAUCGUUAAAAUUAAAAAUCCUGUCUACACGGGAAACCACGUUUCUCCAGUAGUGAACGAUGUACAAUUGCCUGUAUACAAUGAACAAACUUCCGACUGGGGAUUACCCUACGAAACUUAUGGAACUUGGGAAAAUCAUAACAUAUUGGCCCGCAGUACGCAGAAUAAGGCAGCAAAGAAAGCUUAAAUCAAUUCUCAUUACAUUAUGCAUAAGGUUAAGCAGUUUUCAAUAAAAUUUAUUUUUAUUUUUAAUAGAUGUUAUUUAAACACUUGCCAUUUUUCUAGUAGUUUCAUACUCACAUUGAUGUAGAAUUUCAGUCGCUCGAUGGCAAAACACUUUUUUUUCUGCAAAAACCAAAACAAAUGAUGAAGAGGUGGGUAUAAGUCCAUCCAAAAAUA